ACCUGUAAAUAGAGUGUCGAAGCGAGGUCAAAAGUCCCGACAUCGCGGAUAAAGCGAGCCUGAGGGGGGAGGAAUUUGAAAAACCCACACACAGGUGGCCGUUUGGAACUCCCCAAAAGCGAACUCGUAAAAACCUCCGCAGCGCACAAAGGACAGCUUCAAAAGACCCCGACUUCAAUGCAGCCUCACCCACCUUAACUCACUCUCUCUCUCGCUCUCUCAAAACCCAGACAAGGAGAGAAGGCAAGAAGAACUUGGUCCAGGACAAGAUAGGAGAACAGGAACAGGAACAAGAACCUUCCGGAGAGACCACUGAGAGAGAGAGAGAGGGAGAGAGAGAAAGGGAGACAUGACGGGGCCCGUGAUGGUGGCGAAGGGCGGAGGGUGCGGCGGGGGGAGCGCCAAGAAGGCGAAGAUGGCGGCGGCCGACGCGGAGGACGAGCAGAACCAGCUCUCGGUGCUGGCCCUCCUGGUGACGGCGCUGAGGAAGUCGAUGGCCUCCUGCAGGGUCGAGCGGGGCGACGAGGUGAUGACGGCGGCGACGGCCACGGUCGUGACCCACCACCACAUGGAGAUCGGGUGGCCGACCAACGUCCGCCACGUCACUCACGUCACCUUCGACCGGUUCCACGGGUUCCUGGGCCUCCCCGUGGAGUUCGAGGUCGAGAUCCCUUGCCGGGUCCCCAGCGCGAGUGUCAGUGUGUUUGGAGUCUCGGCUGAGUCGAUGCAGUGCUCAUUUGAUUCACGGGGAAAUAGCGUCCCUUCCAUUCUUUUGCUCAUGCAGGAGCGGCUAUACUCACAAGACGGUUUGAAGGCCGAAGGAAUUUUCCGCAUAAACCCGGAGAACAGCAAAGAGGAGCAUGUGAGGGACCAGUUGAACAGGGGCAUCGUGCCCGAUGAUAUCGAUGUUCACUGUUUGGCAGGUCUAAUCAAAGCUUGGUUCCGAGAGCUCCCCUCUGGCGUGCUCGAUGGGCUUUCCCCGGAACAAGUUCUCCAAUGCAACACCGAAGAAGAAUCCAUCGAGCUUGUGAAGCAGCUAAAGCCAACCGAGUCGGCAUUGCUCAAUUGGGCUGUCGGUCUUAUGGCUGAUGUGGUCGAGGAAGAGGAAUUCAACAAAAUGAAUGCACGAAACAUCGCGAUGGUUUUCGCGCCAAACAUGACUCAGAUGUCCGAUCCAUUGACCGCUCUGAUGCACGCUGUGCAAGUAAUGAACUUGCUCAAGACUCUAAUCAUGAAGACUCUCAGAGAACGUGAAGAGGCUGCUGCCGGAGGAUACUCACCCAUGUCAUCUCGUUCAUCCGGGCGACAAACCGAUUAUGAAUAUGAUAGUCAGCAAGAGAUGGAUACCAGCUGUGAAUUAAGAGGGCCAACGUCAGACUUUGAUGACAACGAGGAUGCGAAUUACAGCCGGAGCUGCGUGGACGAAGAUGAAGGCAGAUCACCGAGUGAAAUAGAGGAUUGCUUCUUGAGGAAACUGGAAGAAUGCGAUCAUGCAGAAAAUGCAAAUGUUUCGUCUGAAAGGCCAUCGAGUGAAGUGGAACAAAACUAUGGAAGUCCUAGAAAUUGCUCGCUUGUCAAUGAUGAGUCGGGUAUUUCGUUCACUGAUAGCAAAAACAGGACUUCCACUUUGACGACUAGUGAUGGAGAAGAUUCUGGGACAAGUUGGAGGAUGGGAGAAGCACAAGUCCUUGACAUGAAGAGUCCACAGAAGGAAUGUGAAAGAAUGAACGACAUGGAUAUGGUAGAAUCUGUCUCUCGUAUGCCCUCGGUUGUCUGACCAAACUCUUAUUUCCCAUUCUUUGGGAUCAUACUCUGCAGAUUUCAUGUGUUGUCUUAGAGUCAUGGCUUCUUAAUCUUAUGUACAUUCUACUUCUAGGUGUGUUGACUUCAAACAGUGAUUGGGAGUGCCUUUUGCUAGUGGUGGAUUUUUAGGAUCGUGGUUCAGCUCAGGGCUGAGCUGCUGAAAGUUCAUGCUUGUUCUUGUAGUUUUCGUAACCAAGGAUCCUAACCUUGUGAUGGAAAUCUCGCUCGAUUCAAUCUGUACGUGAAAUUGAUAUGUGGUUUGUUUUUGAUCUGUCCUUUCCACCAUAUGUGAUGUAGAAGGAGAAUUGAUGAUCCUUCGGUGGAUUACCACUGAUUGUGCCUUUGCUAGUGGAUUUUCUCUGUUGUGCAA